UAGCGGUGUUUAUGUCCAGUCGUGUUGUGGCCGGGGAGCGGGGAGGUGCGCUAGCGUCCCGUCUGUGUGGUGCCACCCUCAGCGUCGCCACCCUUGGUGUACACUCAAAUAUGUGUUUUCUCACCGUCUAGUGAGCCUUCCAAGAUGCAAAACCAGAGCCAUAACAGCGUUGACGAUAAGUUUGCCAUGAAUUUCGGGAGCUUCGACCCCGAGCUGUUCUCGCAGCCGCACAUGAACGCUGCCAUGGGCGGCAUGGGCGGCCUGGUGGGCAUGAAGAGGUCCGCCCACGACGCCGGCCUCGACCGUGAGCCCCUCGGCCUCUCCUCCGACGACGACUCCGACCUCCUCAAGAAGGACGACAAGAUGAACGCGUCGUCGAGCAGGGAGUCUCUGCUGCACCACCAGACUGCCCUUGACGGCGGCCAGCAGCAGGCCAAGACGCUCCCCAACGGCAAGAAGACCAAGGGCCGCGUCAAGAUCAAGAUGGAGUUUAUUGACAACAAACUCAGAAGAUACACAACAUUUUCCAAGAGGAAAACCGGAAUUAUGAAGAAGGCGUACGAGCUGUCAACACUGACUGGGACCCAGGUGAUGCUACUGGUGGCCAGCGAGACGGGCCACGUGUACACCUUCGCCACCAGGAAGCUGCAGCCCAUGAUAACAUCUGAGGCAGGCAAGGCGCUGAUACAGACCUGCCUCAACAGCCCGGACCCGCCCCAGGCGCCGCACCACCACGACCAGCGCAUGUCAGCCACCGGCUUCGAGGAGACGGAGCUGACCUACGCUGUCACGGAGGACGAACAUAAGGACGGUCUGGGACGGGACGACUACCUGGGCGGGGGAUCCUCCAGUCAGUCGGACUCCUCGUCGCCGCCCACGCCCACGGCCACGCCCACACCCACGGUCAGCCAGGCUGGCACUCACACGGCCGCCCAUAACGCCGCCCUCAGCCAGGCCUUGCCAGUACAGCUGCCCCCAGGACUGGUCCUCACGCCCUCUGUUGCAGGUCGGCCGCCCACCGCCCUCAUCACCUGUCAGCCCACCUCCACCAAGACCUCGACAGUGUUCUCAGGUGGUAGCGUAGUGAUGGGGGGCAGUGGGGGGUCGGUGAUGUAUGCGGCCAGCGGGGGCGUGGUGUACGCCGCCCCCCACACCGACCGAGCCACGCCCCUCCUCCUCAACCUCCCUCAUGGAUUACAAGUGGCCCAUGAUCAAAACGGGAGUGGCUCCUCCCCUCUUGUCACUCUCCCGAUGGCCUUAACCUCAGCGGCCUUGCAGCAGUCUGCUGUGGCUGCUGCAGUAUCAGCAGCCAGCAUCAGCAGCAGCAGCAGCAGCAGCAGUCAAGCUGCUCCGACAGACCUCUCCAUGCCUAUCAAGCGGGAGAAGAGGCUAUAAGACUGAAGAGAGCUAUGAUUGAGCUUCUCUGUGCCUUUACUUGUUAUAAGAUGAAAGCCAAAUCACGAUGCUGGCUCAUUAUUUUCUCUGCUUUAACCCUUAAAUGUUUAAGUUAUUUUCAAGUCCUACAUCCAGGUGCACGUGGAGAAAGUAUAGAAAUCCAUAAGGAUGAUUCGUAUAUAGUGAUCAGGAGUGCAAGGGUUACAUUUUGAACAUAACAGAUUAAUGUGAAAACUAAACAACGACAUUUACUGCCACAAAACAUGAACAAUUAUGAAAUAUUGUGCAUUAGAAUAAGUAUUGAAUAUAUAACUGAAAAUAAAGUUUGUAAAAAUAUUUUUAAAUUAUCAUUACUGUAGCAUUGGUGAAACUCAUGCACAGAUUAGUCAAAUUUUUUAUAAUUAUAAAAACUUUUUAAUUUUAUAGUGUAUAUAUAUAUGCCAAGUGUGUAAGUUUUUUGCACAGUAAUACAUUGAUAAAUAGUAAUGUCUUUAUUCAUAGUGAAUAAUUAUGAAAAAUUAGUACUGUAUUCCCCUUUAAUUUCUUGUGUCCUGUCACUGUUAAAAUCCUUUAGGCUGUCUUUUCAAAUUUAUGUAAUUUAUUUAUAUAUUAAAGUUUGGUUUUGACAGUCGUGGAAGGACGUAUAAACAUCCACGAACCCUCUGGCCAAAUAACAAUGAAUCGAUGAUAAAAACGUCGAUUAAAUGUUACAAACUCGCGUUUUGUCCCUUGGGAUACUACGUUAAUAUAAUAAUUCUAGAUGUUGAUUUUCUUUGUGUGUUUGAGAUGUGGUGGUGAUGUACUCCCAGCUGGCAGCGGUGCGUUGUUGGCAACACAAAUUAUCGUUUAUUGUCAUUUUUAUCAUUAGCAUUUUUUACUUUAGUUGUGCUUAGGCUAUAUUAACAAAUGCAGCUUUUGUUUAUUUGUAUUUUUUUUUUUUUGCAUACUAAGCCAACAGUGCAACCUGUCUUAUGUAAACCCUAGUGUGAGGAACUUUGAUAUGUGUAAACUAAUGCCUUCUCCAGUUGCUGGAACAUCAGGGUAUUAGUACAGCCCAUUCUCUUAAUUUACCACACCGUAAAAAAUGCGACUAACCUAAGUAGAACUGUAUCUUUCGUUCUGUUAAAAAGAAAGAUACUAGAUAUGUUAACUAGAAAGAUACAAACCCAAGCAACCUCUGACCUAUUAAUGCCGAUGCAAAAUAGACGUCAAUAUUCCGGUCCUUUGAUUUUUACUAAUGCUUCACAUUUUUAACGGUUUGGUCAAUUCUGUAAAAUAAUGAGAUGUUGGGCGAGAGUGCUGGUUGAUUAGUGUGUGUCUGUGGGACCAGAGACCUAAUCUUUGCAGUCCUUAACAUAACAAGUACAGAACCUGAAUGACUGCUUGAUACUAGGUUACAGGUAUACCUUUUUGGAUGGUGCUAUGUCUUCACAGUUUUGAAGGGUUUAACCUUUGAUUAAUGUAAUUGAAUGAAGGUAA